AUGAGCACAACAGAACUAAUCGACACCUUUCGAGCCCAAAAACUAGUCGCGUACUUCAAUGUUGCCAGUGCUGUGAUCCUGUUCUAUGAGCACCUCAUCACGUUUGACGAAGAGCUUCGUUCAAUAUGGACUCAACGCUGGACAUUGAGCAAGUUGCUCUACGUUUUCAUGAAAUACUCGGCAUUUCUGCAGGUCGGAAUCAUCAUGUGGCAACAGGACGUGGUGAAUACAGACGGAGAAGCAUGUCUCGUUUCUUUUCAUGUAACUGCAUGGCUCUUCGUAAUUGGUCUUGGAAUCGGAGAGAUGUUGCUCAGCAUCCGAACAUGGGCCGUAUGGAAGAAACCUCGUUUAAUGGGAAUUCUACUCGGAAUCUUCUGGGUCGUUGUGUGGGGUGCAAUCUUUGGAAUCCUCGCCGUGUUUCUCAAGACUGUCCGGUUCGACCCUGAUCCCAACUCUCCGUUCCCUGGCUGUUUCAUCAGCAAUGGCGACCCGAUCUUUUUCCUUGACUAUUUGCUUUUGUUGGUGUAUGACACUGUGAUGCUUAUUCUGAUCUUGAUCCCGGCGUACAAGUCUUACAGAAUGGGCGGCUCUUCUGAAUUUGUUCGUAAUGUUUACAGAGAUGGUAUCCUGUACUAUCUGUAUCUCUUCGUCCUCUCUCUCAUUAACAUCAUCGUCAUUGUCAAACUUCCGUUCGACAUGAGCACCAUCCUGUCGCAAUUCGAGCGGGUACUGCAUGCCGUAUUCACGGGCCGCGUUGUCCUGAACAUCCACGCGCAGAGUCGCGACCGCGAAGAACUAGCAAGUUACGUUUCCUCCGUAGGGGGGAGACGAACUGAAAACGAUGGGGUCAUCCUAGUCCCCAUUGGCGUUACCACGACGCAGACGUUCACCGAUUCGCAAACCAAAAUUUCAAGAGGACGAGCUUGA